CUGGCGGCGGCUGCGGCGCCGGUGCGGGCGGAGGGGCGCAGGGAGGGCGGCCCGUUCGCUCGCUCGCUAAGAUGGCGGCGGCGGCGGCGGCCGUGGCCCGGCUGGAGGGCCGCGAGUUCGAGUACCUGAUGAAGAAGCGCUCGGUGACCAUCGGCCGCAACUCGUCGCAGGGCUCGGUGGACGUGAGCAUGGGCCACUCCAGCUUCAUCUCCCGGCGCCACCUGGAGAUCUUCACCGCUGCCCCCCCGCCGCCACCGGCCGGGGCGGACGGGCCGCCGCUGCCUCAGGGGGACGCCACCGCCACCGGUGGCGGGGCGGGAGGAGGCGGCGGAGGGGACUUCUACCUGCGCUGUCUCGGCAAGAACGGGGUCUUCGUGGACGGCGUGUUCCAGAGGCGGGGGGCGCCCCCGCUGCAGCUGCCCCGAGUAUGUACUUUCAGGUUUCCGAGCACAAACAUCAAGAUAACAUUCACAGCUCUGUCCAAUGAAAAGAGAGAAAAACAGGAGUCCCCAGAGUCUCCAGUGAAACCUGUGCAACCCCAGAUCUCUCCCUUAACAAUAAACAUUCCAGACAACAUGGCGCACCUGAUCAGCCCUCUCCCGUCUCCCACAGGAACUAUCAGUGCUGCAAAUUCCUGCCCAUCUAGCCCGCGUGGUGCAGGCUCUUCAGGGUACAAAAUGAGUCGUGUAAUACCAUCUGACCUACAUUUAAUGGCUGACAAUUCACAGUCAGAAAAUGACAAGGAAGCAUCGGGUGGUGAUAGCCCAAAGGAUGACUCAAAACCACCUUAUUCCUAUGCACAACUAAUAGUACAAGCAAUUACAAUGGCACCUGAUAAGCAGCUUACACUAAAUGGAAUUUAUACGCACAUAACUAAAAACUAUCCAUACUACAGAACAGCAGACAAGGGCUGGCAGAAUUCAAUACGCCACAAUCUCUCUCUGAAUCGUUAUUUCAUCAAAGUACCACGUUCCCAGGAAGAACCAGGCAAAGGCUCAUUCUGGAGGAUAGACCCUGCCUCUGAAAGCAAAUUAAUAGAGCAGGCUUUUAGGAAAAGGCGGCCUAGGGGAGUACCUUGCUUUAGAACCCCUCUGGGACCACUCUCUUCUAGAAGUGCCCCAGCUUCUCCUAAUCAUUCUGGAGUGUUAUCUGCCCACUCCAGUGGCGUACAGACCCCAGAGAGUUUGUCAAGGGAAGGAUCUCCAGUCCCAAUGGAACCUGAGCCUAGUGCUAUCCAGCCAAAAUUAGCAGUAAUACAAGAAGCACGAUUUGCACAGAGUGCCCCAGGAUCACCUCUAUCUAGCCAACCUGUUUUAAUUACUGUACAACGGCAGCUACCACAAACUAUUAAACCCGUCACCUACACUGUUGCAACUCCUGUGACAACAUCAACAUCCCAGCAGCCUGUAGUUCAGACAGUUCAUGUUGUUCAUCAGAUACCAGCUGUGUCAGUCACAAAUGUGACUGGAUUAGCACCAGCAAACACUUACACGGUAGCUGGACAGGCAGUGGUUACACAAGCUGCAAUGGUAACCCAGCCCAAGGUAGAACCUCAAGAGAAUGGAGAUCACAAGGAAGUAAAAGUUAAAGUGGAACCUAUACCUGCUAUUAGCCAUGCUACAAUAGGAGCUGCUAGUCGUAUCAUUCAGACAUCUCAGACCACGCCCUUACAGACAGUUACUAUAGUGCAACAGGCACCUCUAGGUCAACACCAGCUACCAAUAAAAACUGUAACGCAGAAUGGAACGCACAUAGUACCUAUCACCACAGCGAUACAAGGACAGGGCAACACUGCUGCUGCAAGUCCUUUGCAUAUGUUAGCAACCCAUGCAUCCGCAUCAGCAUCUCUUCCAACAAAACGCCAGAAUGGAGACCAGUCAGAACAACAAGAACUUAAACGUAUCAAAACAGAGGAUGGAGAAAGCAUAGUGUUAGCUGUUAAUGUGGACACCCCAUCUGUUGCAGUGAGCGAUCAAGGCAGCCAGAACUAGAAACUUAGUGGAGUUUUCUUUUUCUUUUUUUUUUUUCUUUUUUUGAAAAAAAAAAAAUCAACUCCAUGGUGCCAAAAGGAGACACUUAAAUAUAACACCUAAAACAUUGGAACAUGUUCUCACGCAGUGGGGAAAGGGGCCCUGUGAUCAGACUUCAACUUUCAGCACUGAAAAAACAACACAGGUGGCCUUAAAACUCAGUAAUUUAAAAAAAAUCAAACUGCAAAACAUCUUGUUCCAGAGGCUGUGACCCUGCUCCUCCCCACCCCCUACUGAAACUAACUCUGUGUACACUGAGGAGAAAUCCAGUGUUGGGGAGGUCUGCAGCUUUAUAAAAUCUUUAUUGGAUUAUUUUAAGGACUGAGUAUCUCAGUGUAACGGCAGCAUGAUAAGCGCUUAGUGUGAACUGGUUUCAAACGAUUGUAUAUUCCUUAAAGGGAACAGAGGCAAGGAGCCAUUUCCUACAUCUUGGCAGCUAGCCUUUCAUAAUGACCUACCCAAUGCAGUUGUUGGUAGAUAUGCAGUAUUUUGUUGUUCACAUGUGGAAUUAGAAAUUUUUGAGGUGUAUUUUCAUUUCUUUGCAAAAUAAUGGGGUCUUUGACAUUUCAAAUCACUCCAUUUCUACUCUGGAAACUUUGGAAUCACACAAUACUUUUCAUGUGAAAUUUUGUUUCGUAAAAAACUGAAUGUAGGGUUUUUUUUAACCAAUGGAAUGAUUUACUUUUGUCUGUCCUGUUAAAGUUCAGAUAAAGCUACUUUAUUACAUCUGCAAAUUUUCAUAUUUUAGCAGUUGCCUGAUAAAUUUAAUCAAAUUUUAUUACCAUGUGUAGUGAUCAAAUGCUUCUUCGGGCUUGCAUGUAACUGAUUAGAAAUUACAAUGUAAAUGAGCCGUUAACUGACGUAAAGAACUGCUAUGAAUUUGACCAGAGCUGCACUUACCUGUUUCUCUUUAUUGCUACCUUUUGCUGUUUGUUACUUUGUGUUGACUUUGACUGUCCCUGGCAUAUUUUUCCAGUCUAAAGUAAAACAAGAGUCUCGCUUAAUAUUGUGUAUGUUUAAGAUAACAGACUGUUCUUCAUUUAGAAAAGAUAAAAUUCUUUAUCACAAGUCCUUUUAAAAAGAGAGUAAAAAUUAUCUUGUCAGAGGUAUAUUCAGUAUUUUUAAGCUUAAACACCCAUCUGUAGAAAUUAAUCUGACCAGUUUAUCCAUAAAACUUUUGAUGUCAUACACUGACCCUCUGGGGUCUCCAUUAAGAGUAGCUGUUGUGGUUUUCUAACAGUGGCUACCAUAUUAUUAUAAUAAAAGUUUUUUUUUUUUAAAGUGUGUGUUCUGCAGUUGAACAGUUUAAAAUGUAUUGGUAAUUAUUCACUUUAAUUGUGGUAAUAGAUUCCACCUUACAUUUCCAAAUUAAACUAAAAGUUUAGGCUGCUGUUCAGUCUUUAAUUCACAUAAUGUCUUGUUCCUUCAUACGGUGAGGUGAGUGAAGGCUGGAGAGUGGGCUUAAACUUUGAAUUCCAGUUUGUUACUCUCUGUUGUUAUCAUGCAAUUAUUUAUAUAAGUAUUUGUUUUCCAUUUCAAAAAAGAAAAAUCUGUAUUUUCAUGAUGGACUGAAACGGCUUAUAUUUAGGCAGCUUUAGGAAACUCUAUUUACCUGAAGACCAAAUUGAGAAAUCUGUACUGAGUAUCAUGUUAAUCCACAAAAUGGAGCUGUUACAAUGUUAAUGCAGAUAAUACAUAUUAAAAAUUAUGAAAAAUACUGUACA